GAAAGGACAUCUGGAAGAGAUGUCACUCAUAUUCAGUUCACAAGCUGGCCAGACCAUGGAGUCCCUGAGGAUCCACAUCUCCUUCUCAAACUCCGACGCAGAGUUAAUGCUCUCAGCAACUUUUUUAGUGGCCCAAUAGUGGUUCAUUGCAGUGCUGGUGUUGGGCGCACUGGGACAUAUAUAGGAAUUGAUGCCAUGCUGGAGGGGCUGGAUGCAGAAGGCAGGGUGGAUGUUUAUGGCUAUGUUGUGAAGCUGCGUCGACAGCGGUGCCUUAUGGUUCAAGUGGAGUCACAGUACAUCCUUAUCCAUCAAGCACUAGUGGAAUACAAUCAGUAUGGAGAAACAGAGGUCAGUCUCUCAGAAUUGCAUUCCUAUCUUAACAAUCUGAAAAGAAAAGAUCCUCCAAGUGAUCCUUCUUUGCUGGAAGCAGAGUUUCAGAGAUUACCUUCCUAUAAGGGAUGGCGGACACAGAACACUGGGAAUCGUGAGGAAAAUAAGAGCAAAAAUAGGAAUGCCAACAUAAUUCCAUAUGACUUUAACCGGGUGCCGAUCAGGCUUGAAGAUGAAAGCAGUAAGGAGGGUGAACGUGAUUCAGAUGAUUCCUCAGAUGAGGACAGCGACUGCGAGGAAUCAAGCAAAUACAUCAAUGCUUCCUUCAUAACUGGUUACUGGGGUCCGAAAGCCAUGAUUGCAACACAGGGACCACUGCAGGAAACUAUUUCUGACUUCUGGAAAAUGGUCUUCCAAAGAAAAGUCAAAGUCAUUGUUAUGCUGACAGAGCUGAAAGAGGGAGAUCAGGAACUCUGUGCACAGUACUGGGGUGAAGGAAAACGAAUCUAUGAUGGCAUAGAAGUCCAAAUAACGGAUGUCAACUCUUCUCCUAGCUAUACCAUACGUGCAUUUGAUGUUACGCAUCUGAAGACAAAAGAAACACAGAAGGUGUAUCAGUAUCAGUAUCACAAGUGGGGUGGCUUGGAUGUUCCAGAAGACGCCAAAGAUUUAGUCAGCAUGAUUCUCAACCUCAAACAAAAAGUCCCAGCCAGACCAGUCACUGAGGACAACAGGAGAAGCCGCAGUGUCCCGCUUGUCAUCCACUGCCGUGACGGAUCACAGCAAACUGGUGUAUUUUGUGCUUUAAUGACCCUCUUGGAAAGUGCAGAAACAGAAGAAGUAGUAGAUGUUUUCCAAGUAGUAAAAGCUCUUCGUCGCACUAGGCUGGGAGUGGUCUCCACAUUUGAACAUUACCAAUUUCUCUAUGACACCAUUGCCAGUACCUACCCUGCACAGAAUGGACAAAUAAAGAAGAACAGCCAGCAGGAAGACAAAGUUGAAUUUUGCAGUGAAGUAGAAAAACCAGAUCAGGAAACUGAUUUGAUCACUAUUGACCUUACCCCACCAACGCCAGAGGAAAAUGAGCCUUCUGAAGUACGUGAUGAUUCUAAGGCUGCAGAUAGCACUAAGGGAACAGAAAGCUCUACAAACGGCCCCACAACUCCAGUUCUAACUUAGAGGCUAUUAAAGAAAAAAAUAAAUAAAUUGCUUUUCAUGUGCAAAAAAAUCUUAAAAUAAGAAGUAAAAGAUUUCUUCCUCUUCUCACCAUUUCUUUUGGAAAACAUUUUUCAAAGGUACAAAUUUAAAGGGAUACUUGAAACUUGUAGAGUAACAACUGU